AUGGCUCAAACAAUUCAAAAUCAUAUCGAUAAUCAAAUUUAUAAUAACUUACAUACAAGUGAUAAUACAGCAGUGACAAAGUGUUUGCCUAUAUACGAGGAAAGUUUGGCAGAAACCGGAUCCAAUAUUGAUGAAACAGAAUCAAUUGCUUCAACAUCAACCAUCACUCUUAAAACAGCACUGAAACAAAACGAAAAAAAUAAAAUGAUCGCAGAGAAUUUGGCAUCAGCAACAAAUCGAACGGAACGAGCUGCAGCUGCAGUAGCUGUCGAGGUUGACGAAUAUCCAAUUUAUGAUGAACAAGUGAGCCUAUGUUUGGAAAGCUGUAGUGCACACAUGAUGACCCUAAAACGACGGUUUAUACGUUGUUCAGCACAAGCGACAAUUGUUCAUUUAAAAAAAUUCAUUGCUAAAAAAGUGUUGAACCGAAUUGAUAAGUAUAUGGAGGUUGAUAUAUUAUGUAACGGCGAAUCAUUGGGAAAAGAACAUACACUAAAGUUUGUGUAUGUAACACGUUGGCGGUAUCGGAAUCCGCCAUUGCUUUUACAAUAUCGACCGUUUGAUCAUACAGCUAAAAAAAGCAAGAAAAAGACAAUUAAUUAA